AUGGCAGCGGACUCAGGCACAUCAGAAGUUCGCCCAAAAAAGGGUACACCUUCACCCCCAGCAGCCUCCGACAUCAGCUUUCAACCGGCAGUACUUGCGUUCCAUUUUACUCGACAGUCCCCAACUCGACAAUCAAAUCUCUCGCCCCUUCCUGGGCAACCGGCCCCAAGCUCAACUUCAACACCCCUCCAGCCCAACGACGAUGAACUCCGCACCAUUCACAUCAGGACUCAGGUCAAUACACUCCUCGAAUACCUGAUGAUGAUCAUCCUUCAUCUCAAACAACCCCAGAAAGUCUUCCGCCUGCGCAUCAUCAAGCACAUCAGAUUUGAUCUCGCAAGACAGAGUACCGGGUUGGUUGGAAGGCGGCCUUGA